AAUGCCAAGGAGAACGCUUAAAGCACAAUUCGACAACGUUUGAACGGCGUGUUCCAGUCCUCAGUGAAGCGAUUUUUAUUAAUUUAUCGCCGAGAGGUUGUUAUCGAUCGUUACCUUCUUUUGCUCAUUCCACAAUUACUGAUUCAUUCUGAUAAUGGCUGACCAAGUAAAUCCCAAGGCUUAUCCUUUGGCUGACGCCACCCUGACAGCAAAGAUCCUCAACCUGGUGCAGCAAGCUAUGAAUUACAAGCAGCUCCGCAAGGGAGCCAAUGAGGCUACAAAAACACUGAAUCGAGGUCUCUCCGAGUUCAUAGUGAUGGCUGCUGAUGCAGAGCCUUUGGAGAUUUUACUGCAUCUUCCGCUGCUUUGCGAGGACAAGAACGUCCCCUAUGUUUUUGUUAGGAGUAAAGGAGCCUUGGGUCGUGCCUGUGGCGUUUCCAGACCUGUGGUUGCUUGCUCGGUCACCGUGAAUGAAGGAUCCCAGUUGAAACCGCAGAUUCUGGCAAUACAGCAAGAGAUUGAACGUCUCUUGGUUUAAGACUUGAGAAACUAUAAAGUACCUGAUUAUACUGGUUUAAGUUUAAUGGGAUCUUCAUAGUUUUCUAGUGCAGCUCACUCUUUGACGGUGUUGCUGAGUACAUAAUAAUGAUAAAAACAAAACUAACUACAUACCAGACACAUUAUACGACAUAGAACUUUGUAACCAUACAAACCAUCUUUUACCGCUAGUUAACCAGUAAUAAACAAACGUUUGUAAAAAACA